AUCAGCCCAUUUAAUCGCAAUUACAAUUACAGUGGCUAAAUUUCAGACAGUGUUAGAGCUGCCUGCUGCAGUGGCUCGGUGAUACUUGUGUUUCUCUGCUUUAUGCUCACUGCAAAUUUUGUAGUUUUUUAUACCUUUUUACUUAUAUCCUCAAGCAAAAAUGACAUGCAUUUUCAUUGGUGUUAUAAAAGUCUUAAAUGGAACUCUUCCAUGCUUCCUUAAUGACAAUUUGUAGUCAGGUUUGACUUUUAUGCCAGACUUUAUUAUAAAAUUAAGAUUUCCUGUUGGCAAGGCCUGUCUUAGCAACAGAGAACAGUUUAAUCUGUCAAUGAAGGCAAUACAUGACUAAAAACUAAAGUGAAACAAACACACUACAACAUUUCAAGACAUUUCUGAGUAAGUAGGUAAUUUACUUUACAUUAAUAGUUUUAGGAGUUCAUAUCUUCAUAGUGGUUGCAGGCUGCAGGAGCUCCUGUAACAUAACACACAGCCACUAACUAAACAUAAUGCCUCAGUGCCAGAGUGGGGAAAACCUUUUUAAUGGUUCUGAUUCAAAUGGAGAAGUAAGACAAUAUAAUAAUACUUACAAUGUGAGUAAAUAGUUUCCAGCUAAUUUUUUAGUGUUUUAUAGUGUUGUAGGAGGGAAUUUCUUAAAUGGUGUCAUUAUGUUUAUGGCUCAAGCCGUAAAUGUCAGUUACUUGGAACCAAGUCAAAGGCCUGUGACCAGGCUUCAUGAAUUACAUGUCUUCUGAGUUUGAUGAAAUUCUGUAACAUCAUUGCAUAAUACAGUAAAUGUGCCAAAUGUUAGGGACACGUUUCUUGAAGUACACAAAUGUGCUAACUCCAGAUAUAAGCCAUUAUCCUUUACAAUACCACAGAAAGAGACGUAGAAAUAAAGUUGACAGGUCAAAGAUAUUUUACGUAACUGAGAUGUGGGUAGUAUGAUGAGCUUUAGGCAAUAUCAGCAAAACAUCCUGAAUAUGUUUUACAUUCAGCACUGAUCAAAACAAUGAGUCAGCAGCAGAUCUAUUUUGCAGUGGUGGAAGAAGUAUUCAGAUAUUUUACAUAAGUAAAAGUACUAAUACAACAGUGUUACAAAUAAAAGUCCUGCAUUCUAAACCCUACUUAAGUAAAACUACAGCUGUAAUAAAAAUAUUAGCUGUAAAAUAUACUUAAAGUAUCAAAAGUAAAAGUACAUUUUUUGCAGUAAAAUGUCCCCUGUGAUUGAUAUAUGAUUCUAUAUGACAAUAUUAGAUUGUUAAUACUGAUGCAUGUAAGCAACCUUUUACUGUUGUAGCUGCUCGAGUUUGAGCUCAUUUUAACAACUUUAUGUUACUUUAGUUCAGAGGUUCUCAAACUAGGGGUCGGGCCCCUUCAAAGGGUCACCAGAUAAAUCUAAGGGGUUGACACUGCUUUAUUGUUCGAGGUCACAAGCAAAAAACAAAUAAAAAAUGUGAACCACUGGUCCCAAAUGUCAAACCAGUAACUGCAGAUUUCUCUACUGUUUUAUCUUGUUUUUAUUUUCUACUUAACUUACUUAAGUGUAUUUAAAUGUAUUUUUAUAUUAACCUGUGUUGCUUUUAUGUUUUAUGCCAAGCACUCUGAAUUGCCUAGUUGUUGAAAUGUGUCAUACAAAAAAAUUGCCUUGCAGCUGUCAGAUGAAUGUAGUGCAGUAAAAAGUGCAAUAUUUCCCUCUGAAUUUUAGUGGAGUAGUAGUAUAAAGUAUCAUAAAAUGGAAAUACUCAAGUAAAGUACAAGAACUUCAAAAGUGUACUUAAGUACAGUGCUUGAGUAAAUGUACAUCGUUACUUUCCAACACUGCUAUUUUGUUGCUUUCUUACCAUGGCCGAAAUCUAAAAAGCUUUGCUAGCUCCCACUUUCCAAAUGGAACACAAAUUUAAAAAGGUACCCUGUGGAGUUUCUGACUGCUAGUAGCGCUAUGAAGCGCAAUGUCUUUCUGAGUGGGUCCCAGUUACGAGGACGCACUUGCAUGAGAGCAUGUGGGCGACACAUUCCUGACACCGGUUUCACACUGUUCCACUGAUCAACAGUUGGUGGUGGUAAUGUGCAAAGUAGCAUAGCAAUGCACCAACAAAGCAGUGAAGGUGAAUACUGCUAGCUAGAAAACAUGUAUGUAAACAUUGCCUGAUUUGAAAUAUCUUACAAAUCUGCUUUACAAAUGUUUUAUGAGGAUGGAAAUGCAUUCAACACAACUGUACAAUGGGUCCAGGAUCACCAUAGUUCAUAUUUCUUUCCACAGAGAGAGGAGAAUUCAUAUUUUAGUUUGAUUUUAAAGUGGUCAAGGCAGUGGUAUGUAGGUAAACAUAUUUGUAAUUUCAUAUUUACAUGGUAUAUGUGUGAAAAUACAGACAGGCAAUCCACAAUAAGUUCUGCAGUCUCACAGCAUGCUGGUUAAACAUGAGGGAGGCUUUUAAACGCAGACUUUCUCCGUUUUUCUAUGUAAUUUACCAAAUGACAUCACCAACAUCUGUUGUUUACUCUGGACUGAAUUUCUCAUCCGUGCACUCCAACUACGUUCUCAGUCACUUUGCUUUGGAAGUAGCGAAGAAGUAGCACAGAGAUCACUCCUCAUUUAUACAAAUAGGAUGUUUCUCCUUUUCUUCAUCCUCUGCCUGAUGGCUCCUACUGGCUACAGUCAGCUCCAAGGUCCUCCUGGUCCCAAAGGUGACAGAGGAUCUCCUGGGCCACUUGGGCCAGCUGGUCCACCAGGGCAACAAGGAAUUUCUGGACGUCGUGGAGAGCGUGGACCUCCUGGAUUUCCUGGACCUCGUGGACCUGUUGUAAUCUGUGGACGAGAUGUCUUUGGCUCCAUUAACCAGGACCUUGAGACCUUAAAGAACAGCCUUGCUAAAUUAGAGCUGGCUACAAACUAUGACUUUGCCCGGAGGGUUGGUCAGAAAUACUUUGUGUCCUACAAGGAGAGAGACUCUUUCUCCAGGGCCGUCGAGUUCUGCUCCCAACGAGGCUUAGAGCUGGCUUUGCCCCAGAACGAUGAGGAGAACAGCGUACUGACUCAAGCGUUUGGGGAUGCUUACAAAACGGCCUGGAUCAACGUCAACAAUCAAAAAGCAGAGGGGAAUUUUGAGACAGAUCUGGAAAACCGACCUCUGACUUUUACCAAAUGGGGAGGUGGGCAGCCAGACAAAUCCAUCCAGGAUACAGGCUGCACCAUGCUGUCAGAAAACGGUGUUUGGAGAGUGACGCACGAAUGCUCCUUAAAUGCUUACAUCAUUUGUCAGGUAUAGAAAGUUCUUAUAUUCCAGAUUAGGAAUCAGAAAUACUUUAUUGAUCCCCGAAGGGAAACUCUUUGUUACAGCAGCUCGCCUUAACGUCAGUGCACUUGCUCUUAGAAAUAUUUACUUUCACAUGUUACCGUUUCCCUAAACCAUUAUGUUAGAUCUUAGUCCCAGAAACCUACAAGUGCAUCAUCAGCAUGACAUUAUUACUGUUGCAAAGACAUAUUCCUAUAUG